AAGCCGAAGCUAAGACUUUCAGUGUCAGUUCCUAAAGGAAUUGUGAAUUGGUUUCUUCGUAAUCCGUCAAAAUGCCCGUUAAUAAAAGGCAAAAAAGAGUUAAGAAAAAAGCACAAACUAACAGACCUUUACAAGCUCCCGAAGAAACUGAAUCUCCUAAUGUUACUGAACCGAAACCGACUAAGAAUGAAGCAGUAGGAAAGAAAAAAGGCUUUUUUCGAAAACCAAAAUUUGGAAGACGCGUUAAUUUUAUUCUAGGUACUAUCAUUGGCAUUUGCGGUGCCUUUAUUUUUGCAGUUAAUAGCAAUGAUGGCAUUUUCGAUCCGGCUGCUUUAGAAGCUUUAAGCGCAAGGUUAGGAUCCUCAGACUUGUUCGAAGAUAUCAAAGGAUUUCUUUCGUAUCAUAUGUUUGACGAGUCAACUACAAUGGAUUCUAAAACUCGUUCACAAUUGAGUACCGAAAUAGACGUAGGAUUGGAUAUGCGUGACGAAGGAUAUUCAUACCAUCAUCCUGUUGUUAUGACACCUGGUGUUAUUAGUUCUGGCUUGGAAAGUUGGUCAUUCAGGAAUUGCUCAGUGCCUUACUUCAGGAAACGACUAUGGGGAAGUUGGUCUAUGCUAAAAGCUAUGCUUCUUGAUAAACAAUGUUGGCUAGAACAUUUAAUGUUGGACCCUAAAACCGGAUUAGAUCCUCCUGGCAUUAGGCUUCGAGCUGCACAGGGAUUUGAAGCUGCCGACUUUUUCAUUACGGGUUAUUGGAUCUGGAGCAAGAUAAUCGAAAAUCUUGCGGCGAUUGGAUAUGAACCGAAUAAUAUGUUAAGUGCUUCAUAUGACUGGCGACUUUCAUAUUCAAAUUUGGAGGAAAGAGACCGAUACUUCAGCAAGCUUAAGUUAUUUAUUGAAUAUAGUAAAUUAGUACACGGCCGAAAGGUUGUGCUUAUUUCUCAUUCCAUGGGAUCCCAAGUCUCGUAUUAUUUCUUAAAAUGGGUGGAAGCUGAGGGAUAUGGAAACGGAGGCCCUGGUUGGGUGAAUGAAUACAUAGAAAGCUUCAUUAACAUUUCUGGUUCUUUAAUUGGUGCCCCGAAAACAUUAGCAGCUCUUUUAUCUGGAGAAAUGAAAGAUACAGCUCAACUAAAUCAAUUUUCGGUAUAUGGUUUGGAGAAAUUCUUUUCGAGAGCCGAGAGAGCUAUGAUGGUUCGCACCAUGGGUGGGGUUAGCUCAAUGCUGCCUAAAGGAGGAAAUCUUAUAUGGGGUAAUACAAGUUGGGCCGCCGAUGACGAUGAUACAGGAGAUUUAUCUAAUGGUGUUAUGAUACAUUAUCGAAACGAUGCUUCCGAUCCUCACUCACGGUUCGAUUCUGAGCAAGCGUUGGAAUUUCUGAAUAAUGUUACAAGUAACGACUUUAGAAACAUGCUUAGGACAAAUUAUUCAAAUGGACUAGCUUGGACGAAAGAUGAAGUGGAACGUAACAACAAAAUACCAGCCAAAUGGAUUAACCCCCUUGAGACAAGCCUUCCAUAUGCCCCAGAUAUGAAAAUUUAUUGUUUCCAUGGAGUAGGAAAACCAACUGAGCGUGGAUAUUUCUACUCAAAAAAUGAUGAGGGACAUCCAGUGAUAGACUCCUCGGUAAAUGACGGAACAAAAAUUGAAAAUGGAAUUGUUAUGGAUGAUGGCGAUGGAACUCUCCCAUUGAUAGCUCUUGGUUUUGUGUGUAACAAAGCUUGGAAGACAGAAAGAUUCAAUCCUGCAAAUAUUAGUGUUGUAAAUUAUGAACUUCGUCACGAUCCUGCUGCAUUUGACUUACGCGGCGGACCUCGUUCAGCUGAACAUGUUGAUAUACUGGGACACUCUGAACUUAAUGAAAUGGUUCUGAAGAUCGUUUCAGGACAUGGAGACGAAGUAAAAGACCAUCGCGAAUCUAAUAUCCUUGAGAUUGUAAAUAGAAUCAAUUUGGACUCCCCUGAGAAAUAAGAACUCCUACAGUGUUUCUAUAAAGCAGCAUUCAUUUAAUACAGAAAUAUAAUGAAAUUCAUUAAACUAAAAG